CAACUCAGUGCAGAAGUUCUAUCAUUGUCUACUCCGUUGAAAGAUAUAGUAUCCACCAUUUAUCAACCAACAUGAUAAAUGACUGUGUCAUGUCUGAUAGUAUCGGAGGGACCGCAUAAGUGAUUAUGAGGAGUGAUUACAAAGCCCGGUGACAAAGAAAACUGUUUAUCGACAAAUUUCAGGCUUACAAGGCAGUUUCAGAGUUGGAGGAACCUGUGUACAGGACCAAACACACUACUGAAAGUCAAAAGGCACUGAAACGAAGUUUGCCAAGGGGUGGUGACUUCAUUAUUCUGCUCAGACGUUGUUAUCUAGAAAGGUGAUCACGGUGAUUACUGCUGACUUUUAUUGGGGUAUAAAAGAGACCGAACCCUGUUUGCUGUGAAAAGAGUCUCAAAGUGCACCAACUGGAUUUCUUGUCGGUCAACUGUCAGUGUACUUUGGUGUGUGUGUGUGACAUUUCACGUGCAUGGAUCCAUAUACAUCGCAGGAUCACUUCCGUAAGAUUAGUAUCUUAAGCGGACGACCGCCAUAUUGGCGAAGGAAUGUUUUGGAUGCCGACACAAAGUGGUUGGUGUGGGCCGAGUCGCGCUUUGCGUCCAUCGCGGGCAAAGACACGGACAUCGACCGGGAGAGCUUCAAGAAUGCUUUGGAAGUACGAAAUGUAUUUUUCGCCGACCGGUUCUUUGAUAUGUUCGACUACGAUCACAGUGGGACGGUCUCCCAGCAAGAAAUGAUGGACGGUCUUUUCCUUCUUACCAAGGGAACCAAAGAGGAAAAACUCCGGUUCUUCUUUGACGUCUACGACUUAGACGAAAAUGGAACCAUCGAAAAAGACGAGUUACGAGCUCUGUUGAAGACGGGAGUGGAGGAGAGUUCGUUGCAACUCAGUGAUCGGAAAGUAGAUCACCUGACCGAAACGCUGUUUAACACUGCAGACCAAAACAGCGAUGGCUCCAUCUCAUUCGAUGAGUUCAUGACAGCACUGAAGCGGUACCCAGAUCUACUGGAAAAUUUCUCCAUCGGUGCAGCAGCUUGGCUCAAAGACACGAGACCCAAGAGACGAGGUUGCAGAGGUAUACCCUGGUUACGGGUCAACUACUUGCGGAAUAAUGUCCAACGAAUCGUACUACUUCUGACCAUAAUCCUCGUGACUGGUGUGGUCUUUGCAGAGGCCGCCUACCGCCAUUCAUUUAACCCUGAUGCUAACUGGUGUUUCCUGAUUGCUCGUGGUUGUGGUCAGGCUUUGAACUUCAACUGCGCAAUAAUCGUCCUCAUGAUGCUUCGUAAAACUCUGAGUUUUCUGAGGUCGUCGACCUUGCUGAUGCAAAUCCUACCCUUUGACGACAACAUUAUGUUUCACAAAUUUAUCGGGUACCUGGCUGCAAUCCUAGCACUCGCACACACCUUGGGUCAUGUCGGCAAUGCAUUGAUCUUAGAGACAUACAAGAAUUUCACGGCAGUCGAACUGUUAUUCACCGACCCUACCCUCCUGCCAGUCGGGCUCCGAGUGGGCAAGCUUGUUGGAAGUGCUUUCAUCACAGGUUGGAUCCUAGACAUCGUCUUCUUGGUUCUCAUCUUGGGGUCACUGAGCUACGUCAGGCGAUCGGGUCAUUUUGAGAUUUUCUACUGGACUCACAAGAUCUGCUACUUUAUCUUCUGGUUCCUGCUAAUCUUACACGGUCCAGUGUUCUGGGCGUGGUUUGUUUGUCCACUCAUCCUCUUUCUUCUUGAGAAGUUCAGUAACCUUCAAAUCAUCCGGCGCCUUCGUCACGGCAAGACGUACAUCAAGGAGGCAAACCUGCUACCCUCUGGGGUGACUCAUUUAGUCAUGACCAAGCCGCGUAACUUCAAGUACAAAGCUGGGGACUACGUUUUUGUCAAGAUUCCUGAAAUAGCGAGGAACGAGUGGCACCCGUUUACGAUUAGCAGUGCUCCGGAACAGGCAGACAUUCUGUCUCUUCAUAUUCGGUCUGUUGGUAACUGGACCAAGCGUCUCUACCGUUUCUUCGAUGACAUGCAGUCCAUCACGAUUAAGAAGUCUCAGCGAGUCAAUUCUUCCCUCCGUCUUCCGCCCAUGGCAGGAAAAGUGCCGUCUGAUGCCGGUCAGCAUAUCAACCCUGGCUUUGAGAUGUCACCCAAAGACGACUGCAAGACUUCCAACGGUACACCACGGUCACGUGAUGCCAACAAGCCAUGUGCAAGUGAAGUUAGUGACACGGUUGUGAGGAUCGCUACCGACUACUCCCCUACGAGUACGGACGAGGUAGAACCACCGCCUGUCAUGAAAAUCCGCAGAGUUAGCUUCAACGCUGAGGUUGAUUCUCAAACCGUUGUACAAUGGAUGAAAACCUCGCUCCCUCGCAGGAUUCCAGAAGUUGAUGAGGAGUUGGAGGAACUAUGCAAGAUCAAGGAAGACCGACGUCAUGAAAACCAGUCAGCACAUGUUGGAAAAGUAGCCGCAGAAACAACAAAUGAGAGUGAAGGUAGCUCAAGCAUUUGUGAAGCGUCAACGUCAUCUGUACAAACAUCGAAGAAGAGGAAACAGGCUGUCUGCAAGCCAAAUGCCUUGGUGAAAGAGACCAGUCGUAACAUGAUGACUUCAAUCACUCAACAAUGUCGUCCACCUAUUUUUCACAAUUAG